GGUAAAGUGGAUCGGAGCAGCAAAAUUGCCUUGGUUGAAAAAUUUACCGGUUAGUCAUCGACCUACCUUCGAAAUUAUCACAGUUAUUGUUCGUGUUAAGCUGUGCGAAACAAACAUAAAAAGAUCUUCCGAAAGUUGGCUUGUUUAUUAUAGUUUGCUUUUACUGUCGUUAAGAAGCAAACUAAGUUACAAACUAUCCCCAUUUUAUAUAGAAUGCCGUUACGUCCUCAGAGCGCGACGUCGCGACAAGAAGCGGAAAUGGUUGCUAAAAGCUUACGAGAACUACAGGCUACGGGAAAUUCGGUAGAUCCUGUUCAGAGGCUUAGGCUUUUGUGCCUUUCCAGAGGUGCGCAUGGGAUCUUAGGUCUUGGAAGAUUAUUUCGAAUUAUGGAUGAGGACGGCAACAAAAAGCUAAAUAAGGAGGAAUUCGAAAGGGGAUUAAGAGAAAUCGGAUUGGAAAUCACGGAUCAAGAACUGGACGAAAUGUUCGAGCAGUUCGACACUGACAAAAAUGGAAGUGUAAAUUUGGAUGAAUUUUUGGUCCACGUUCGGCCACCUUUAUCUGAAAGUAGACUCAAGGUUAUCAACGAAGCGUUCAAUAAAAUGGAUAAAACUGGCGACGGCGAAAUAACCAUUGAGGACAUGAAGAACGUGUAUAAUGUCAAGUCUCACCCGCUUUACAUUUCCGGAGAAGAAACAGAAGAGGGCAUUAUGAAAAAAUUUUUAGGCAAUUUUGAACAGGACGCCACCAGAGAUGGAAAGGUCACAAAAGAAGAGUUUAUUAAUUACUACACGGGAGUUAGCGCGUCGAUAGACAACGACUGUUACUUCGAUUUGAUGAUGAGACAGGCAUACAAACUAUAACUUAAAAUCCAACUACAAUUUUUAACUUAUUCAAUAUAGAUUAAACUUACCUUACUCCAUUUUCAUAUUUUCGUUUUAUAAUGAUAUAGAUUUUACGAUGUUGAACAACUUCAAAUGAUUAAAUACACAUAUGCGCAA